GGCAUUCCACACAACAAUCAUAUUAACCAAAGUUGCUUAGUCCGUAGACAACGUCUCGUGCUUCAUCUAUUAGGAAUUCAACAAGUUUCUGUGACUCGAACUAUUCGUUGAGUCGGACUGAAUCGUGCAACCGUGUUAUUUUCGAUUGAGUGACCUUUUUUACCGAGGCUAGAAAAGACGAGAAGAUUUCAACGGUCGUUAAGAAAGAAAAUUGAAAGGAUCGAAAUUUCUACAGGAGUUUAUUCAAUUAACUUACAAUGCUCUCUGUUUACUUUUGAGAAAAAGUGAACUUCUGGGUACCUGGUGACUACUUGCAUUUUUGGAUUUAACUGUUAUGCAAGAUGAAAUACAACACGAUAGGAGCGAGCAGUCUAGCAGGCGAAGGAAAGAAAUCAACCCUAACAAUUUAUGCAGAUAUGGAUAUAUCACCUAACAAGACUUAUACCGAAUCAGAAGUGAAAUCUAUCCGUGGCGAAUUGGAAAUAGUCCAGAAAGCUCUCAAACUCCAGACCAGAAGAUGCAGGCAGCUGGUGGCAGAAUACACUAAGAGGUUGCAAGAGAAGGAACAACAGUAUCACACUGAAAAAUCACUGAGAGACGACCAGCUAGCGAAAGUUCUCAGAGCGCUGUUGAUUUUUGAAGCCAGGCUCAGACAAGAACAAAAAUACAUAAGCCAUCAAUUGAAUGAAAAGGAUUAUAUAAUUAGAAAGCAAACCAACGAUAUAAAAAGAUUGCUCUCGAAUCAGUACUGCAAAAAUUGUAACCAGUAUUACACAUCCAGUCCGAUUCAGGAAAGUCUCGACAGCAGCACUGAGUACGUUGUUACCGAUUACCAGUCAUCAAAUUUUGAGUCCUUGGACAGCAGUACUGAAACAUAUGCGACUUUAUCGGAAAUAGGAUACAAUAAAUCAGAUAAUCUUCUCGAAGAUAAUUCCAAAUCUGAAACUGAAUCAAUCAAAAAUAUUUACUUGAAAAAUCGGAACAGUAAAGAUUCUUUUGGUCGGCGGUCUAAAAAGGUGCCUCACAGAAAGAGCAUUGGAAGUUACUUUGAGGUGUUGAAGCUACGAAAUGAUAGCAAUAGCCCAAUAUCGAAUGACGACAAUACAAGUAAUGACUAUGAUAAUUUGGAUUCCUUGCCCCCAGAAAGCAUUACCGACAAAAUAAGUUUAGUUUCUGAGAACAUCGAGGAAAUAUUCGACCAGAAUCAGGAAAUGGUGAAUCAGACUGAUUCCAGCUUGAGUAUAUCUCUGUCAGAGUGCGAGGAUACCAUCAUCAAUAAAAUAACCGAAGUGGUGAAAGAACCCAAUUCAGAAAGUAAUGAGGAAUUUAAUGGAGUUGAGAAAGUGUGUGAAACACAAGUACAAGAAAAAAAACUUUCACAAAUAACUGAAUCUAUUCCAGUAUUCGAAGCAGAUGAAGGAGCAAAUGAUAACUGGUAUGCUAGUGCUAGUGACCAAGAAGAUGAGGAACAUGGAGGUGUUUACAAAGACAACCCCGUGCUUGAAUGCAUGAAUGAAAUUCUCUUGCAGAAUAUGAAAGAUUCUUUGAACUCUCCACCCAAAACGCCAAAUCUAGAGAAAAAAGGUACAAAAAAUAAAAGAGUUAAGUUCAGUGAUGAAGAGGAGAAGUCGCAUGAUCCAGUUGAAGUUCAACUGACAGAAUCGAAUGUAAAGGAAAAGCAGGAAAAUUCUGGCCACGAUUACUAUGAAACACCCGUUCGGAGAACUCCCAAUUUUUAUGAAACUCCACAGAGUAUAUAUAGUAAUGAUUAUGAGCAGAUUCUGAGUAAAUGUAGUGAAACAUUUUCCAAUCUUCCACAACAAGAAAAAAAGAUUCUUGUGAGACCAUUGAGUUUACCAGAUCCACCUCUCAACCAUUACUAUGUUGAUAUGGAAGAUAAUAUUGAAAAGGGGGACAAUGUUGGGAAAGUUGUGAGAAAGAGUAAAAUUUUACGUAUACCUCCAGCCCUGCCUCCGAAACCUGCCAAUUUAGUUUCAAAAUACAAAACUCAGAAUUCACCUAAAGAAACGCCAAUUAAAAAGGGAAAUGAGAGUGUAUUGGAGUGUGAACCUGAAUACUGUUCAAUAUCAGAACUAAAUUUACCACAAAGUAAAAAUGUUUCUUUUAGAAAAAUUUGCGUGGCUGCGGAAAUUAAUGCCCCAACAUCGCUAGACGUUUUGAAUAAACUGAACGUAUCUGAAAAACCAAAAAGUAAAGUUGAACGUAAAUCUACUGAUACUGAUACAAUUAACUUGAAAGAUGAUUCAGUUAUGAAAAAAUGUGUUGAGAAAAUAAACGUACAACAGAUCAAACAGACUCCCGUCAAGUCCGAAAUUAUUAUCAACUUGUCCCCUAAGAAAAAUGAUCCUGAAAUACCAAAGUUACCCCAAGUUUCUGAAAUAAUCAUUCCAGAAGAGAAGCAAGAAUCAGAAAAAGAAGAAAGAAUAAGUCAGGAUAACUAUGUGCAAAACAAUUCACAGAUACUGAAGUUACAAACUAACAGAAAGGAGAGCCUUCGAAGACCCAUUGCUAUUGGAUCUUCAGUGUCAAGCCUAAUAACAGGGUUCAAUAAUCAACAAUUAUUAAAUGAAAUCAAAAAGAAACCAGAAAGAUCUAAGCUGAGUAAGCAUUUGUUUUCUAGUUUUGAGAACCUCCAAAACUCAGAUAAACAUAAGACGCCUGUUGAAAAAGAGCCAUCCACAAUUCCCAAUUUUGAAAAAUUUGACUUGAGGCAGAAUUUUGAAGAGUUCAAACUAGAUGAAUGUGAAAUAGAAGAGUAUACUGUCGAAGAAGACGUUAAAAGUGAACUAUCUGAUUCGGUCACUGACAAAUCAGAAGAUUCAAGUGAAGUAGCUAAUUGUUCUACAAGAGUAGAACUGAUUCGAGCGAAGAAUGACAUAAUUCCUCCAAUUUUGAAUAAAAGCUCAGUUGAGUUGUUGAAAAAACAUUUAGAACUCCAAGCUAAUCACACCAACCCAGAGGAAGUAAGCAAAGAGAAGGUUCUCUGUAGACCAAACGAACCUACUUAUGAACAUUUUCUAGAAUGUACCGGGUUGAGUACAAAAUCAAUAUUAACUCCAUCUAGGAUGAUGAGCAAUCACAAAAACAUGUUGAAGCCGAAAGAUGUAAAGCUGCGUCCCAAAGUUAAAUCCACUAAUAUAUUCGAAAGACAUAGUACCAGUACCAUGAAGUACUGGUCAGAACCAUAUAUUUAAUGUUUGACUAAUGUGUUAUCUAUGAUUGUUUUUCUUUAUUUAUGUUAGCUUAUGUUAUGUUCUUUCAAUGUUUUCAAUAUGUGAACUAAUAGUAACUUUAUUUCAGCAAUGUAUCUGAAUUCGUGUCUAUGUCAACAUAUUGUUCUUAAUAUAAAUGUAAAUGUUUUGUUUAUAAUAAAUUAUUUAUCUAUUUAAAU